GGUAGUAGGGUUGAAGAAGCAGAUAAAAGCCACUUCUCCUCUCUAUGCUCUCUUGUUUCUUAUUUCUCUAAUAUCGCAGCAGCCCUUAAACACAAACACAAACAAACAAAGCCCUCACACUUUCAAAUCUAACAAUCUUUCUCUGCAACAAUGGGGGCUUCGCUUCCUCCUAAGGAGGCCAACCUCUUCAAGCUCAUCGUUAAAUCUUACGAGACUAAGCAGUAUAAGAAAGGGCUAAAAGCUGCUGAUACGAUUCUCAAGAAAUUUCCUAAUCAUGGAGAAACAUUGUCAAUGAAAGGAUUAACAUUGAAUUGUAUGGACCGAAAGUCAGAAGCAUACGAACUUGUCCGGCUUGGAUUGAAGAAUGACCUUAAGAGCCAUGUUUGUUGGCAUGUUUAUGGUCUCCUAUACCGGUCUGAUAGAGAGUACCGAGAAGCAAUUAAGUGCUAUCGAAAUGCCCUCAGGAUUGAUCCUGACAAUAUUGAGAUAUUGCGAGACCUAUCCCUUCUACAGGCACAAAUGCGUGACUUGGAAGGUUUUGUUGAAACAAGACAACAAUUGCUCACUCUAAAACCAAAUCAUCGUAUGAAUUGGAUUGGCUUUGCUGUUGCUCAUCAUUUAAACUCAAAUGGAUCAAAAGCUGUUGAUAUCCUCGAGGCAUAUGAGGGGACUCUUGAUGAUGACUACCCCCCAGAGAAUGAACGCUGCGAACAUGGGGAGAUGCUCCUGUACAAGAUCUCCUUGUUGGAGGAAAGUGGCUUUCCUGAGAGGGCCCUUGAAGAAUUACACAAGAAGGAGUCAAAGAUGGUUGACAAAUUGGACUAUAGGGAGCAAGAAGUCUUGCUUCUUUUGAAGCUUGGCCGCCUCGAGGAAGGUGAAAAGUUGUUCAGAGUGCUUCUCACCAUGAAUCCUGACAAUUACAGAUACUAUGAGGGUUUACAAAGAUGUUUGGGACUGUAUUCUGAAAAGGGGCAAUAUACCGCUGAUGAAAUUGAUAGACUAGAAAGUUUGUACAGAGUACUUGGCCAUCAGUAUAGUAGAUCAUCUGCUGUAAAGAGAAUUCCACUUGAUUUUCUCCGAGAUGACAAGUUUCGUGAAGCUGCAGAGAAUUAUAUUCGACCUCUUCUGACAAAAGGAGUUCCUUCUUUGUUUUCUGAUCUUUAUCCGCUAUAUGAUCAUCCUGGCAAGGCAGAUAUUCUAGGGGAAUUGGUUUUGAAGCUUGAACAAUCACUUAAGAACACUGGUGGAUACCCUGGGAGUGCGGAAAAGGAACCCCCCUCAACACUUAUGUGGACUUUAUUUUAUUUGGCUCAGCACUAUGAUAGACACGGACAAAGUGACAUUGCUCUUACUAAAAUUGACGAGGCAAUUGAGCACACUCCAACUGUAAUAGAUUUAUAUUCUGUCAAGAGCCGCAUACUAAAGCAUGCUGGUGACUUGGCAGCAGCUGCUGCACUUGCUGAUGAAGCUAGGUGUAUGGAUCUUGCAGAUCGAUAUGUUAAUAGCGAAUGUGUUAAGCGUAUGCUUCAGGCAGAUCAGGUCGCAUUGGCUGAGAAGACUGCUGUACUAUUCACCAAAGAUGGGGAGCAGCACAAUAACCUUUACGAUAUGCAGUGCAUGUGGUAUGAACUAGCAUCAGGGGAAAGUUAUCUUCGCCAAGGUGAGCUGGGAAGGGCCUUAAAGAAAUUUCUGGCGGUGGAGAAGCAUUACGCGGAUAUUACAGAGGAUCAAUUUGAUUUUCACUCCUACUGCCUAAGGAAAAUGACUCUUCGGGCCUAUGUGGAAAUGUUGAAGUUUCAAGAUCGGCUUCAUUCACAUGCUUAUUUUCGCAAAGCAGCUUGUGGUGCUAUCAGAUGCUAUCUGAAGCUGUAUGAUUCUCCUUUGAAGUCAGCAUCUGAAGAGGAUGAUGCCAUGUCCAAGUUGGCUCCUUCUCAGAAAAAGAAAUUAAAGCAAAAACUGAGGAAGGCCGAAGCACGAGCUAAGAAAGAAGCAGAAGUUAAGAUUGAGGAAUCCAAUGCAACUAGUGUUGCUAAAUCUGGAAAGCGCCAUGUGAAGCCUGUAGAUCCUGACCCACAUGGUGAAAAAUUGAUUCAGAUUGAAGAUCCUCUGGCAGAAGCUUCAAAGUACCUCAAGCUUCUCCUUAAGCACUCAUCAGAUUGCUUGGAUACGCAUUUGCUGUCCUUUGAAGUAAACAUGAGGAAGCAUAAGAUCUUGCUUGCCUUGCAGGCAAUCAAGCAUUUAAUGCGGUUGGAUGCAAAUGAUCCAAAAUCACAUCUGUGUUUGAUAAAGUUCUUCCAUAAAAUUGACUCCUUGCCUACUCCAGUAACCGAUACUGAAAAGCUCAUCUGGGGUGUCUUGGAAGCAGAGCGACCUGCCUUUAGCCAGUUGCAUGGCAAGUCUCUCAUUGAGGCAAACAACACUUUUCUUGAAAAACAUAGAGAAUCAUUGAUGCAUAGGGCUGCUGUGGCUGAGUUGCUAUAUGUUCUGGAACCAAACAAGAAGGCUGAGGCUGUCAAGUUAAUUGAAGACUCGGUUAAUGAUCUCGUUUCUAUAGACGGAGGACAAGGAAAUGUCAGGUCGUGGAAACUGAAAGACUGCAUUACAGUUCACAAACUCCUCGAGAUAACUCUGGUUGACCAUGAUGCUGCAUCCAGAUUGAAAGUUCGUUGUGCUGAGUACUUCCCAUGCUCGACUUACUUUGGAGGUAUUAAAAGCUCAGCUGCUACAAGUUCAGCUAACAAUCAGAUACAAAAAUCCCCUGCAAAUGGAGCUGUAGGCUUAAAUGCUGGUGAAGAUUCUUCUGUUUCAUCAAACGGGAGACUAGAGAAACUAAACGCGCUUAAGGAUCUACACAUCUAAUUGUACACUUCGAGCUGAAGUAAUCUCUCUGGAAGAGUGCUGGAGAAGCUGAGUGGAACUGUAUCGAGCUUCUAGAGUAUACACUGACACUAAUAGGAUGGUUAUAGAGGAAAUUUGGAGGUCUAAAAGGGGUUCUUGUUGCUUCUAGACUGGGUUCUCCAACCCUGAUUUGAUCUGAUUAUUGUUUCGUCAUGAAGAUGGUAGUAGCGCACUCGUCUUGCCAGGGGUCGGGUCAAAUACCAGGAAAGAGUUUGUAGCUUGGCGAAAAUCAUUUUCAACAACUUUCAGAUUUGAAGUGUGAGCUCUCGGAAGACUUAAGUAUGGGUCCUUCAUUCCAUCAGCAUAGGAAAAAGAUGAUUUAUAGGGCGUGUUGUAUUUUUUUUCAUUUAGUUCUCCGAUUUCUUUUAUUAUGUAUAAAUGCUGUUCUAUGUGAAAGAAAUUUUGCAAUAGUAUUCAGAGAAAAUGGUACUCAUAUGGCGGAUGAUAUUUGUGACUCAGUUUUAGAAUUAAUGGACUGGUAGAAGUGGUUUCUAAUA